UAAAUUUCUUUCCUUUUUUUCUUCUUUGGCUUUCUUUCCAAAUGCCUUUCCUUUUGAUGUGGCUUCCAAAAAUGAAAGUCAUGGAGUCUGUUUCUAAAACGAACUAUUUCGAGAAUUUAAUGGAUGAGCCUUGUGAAGCACUGGAAGUUGAGGACUUGGAUGACAAUUUUUUGAACAGUACCACCUAUCAGACAGUGUUUAGGACAAUGCUCAAAGAAAUGGCUGCUCGCAGUGAGCUGGAAGAGGAUAUUGACAUCCCCAUGACUGGGCAUCUGGAGAGUGAAACCAGAAGGAAACUGGGGAUUCUGUUGAAGAAAAAUUUUGGAAAAUACAAGGAAACAAUCCUGUGGAUUAUGAAGAAACGUGAAAAGUUGGGUACCUUCACAUUUCGCUUAUUGGACCAGAAAUCGCCAGAAAUCGAGGAGCCAGAAGAAGCACAAAUAAAAAAACCUCAUCAUAUUGUUCGUCGUAAGAAGAAAGCAGAACUAGAUACAGAAUGGAUGAUGAAGAAGACAAAGGUGCAUCAAGGUGAUGGAGAAGUAAUUCUCUACCCCAGUGGGACUCUCUUCCAAGUGCUCUUUCCUGAUGGAACAGGCCAGAUACAUUAUCCUUCAGGAAACCUGGCUAUGCUCAUCCUCACCACCAAUGCUAAACAUUUCACAUACAUCAUUCUGGAAGACAGUAAACAAACAUGGAUACGGGCCCUUAUCAACAACUCUGGCCAUGCCACCUUCUAUGAUGAAAACAGAGAUAUCUGGUUGAGCCUAAGCCACAAUCUGGGCUACUACUUCAUCAGAGGCGGAGGCCAAAGGGCCUGGAACUGGUGGAACCUAAACCUCCACAUCCACGCGCCCCCUGUCCAGCCCGUCUCCUUGACAAUCAACCAGUACAUCAAGGUACAAAUAAGGAGCCAGGAUAAUAUCUUCUUCUACUUCAUCAACAAGAAGAAACAGAUUCGUUUAAACCUAGGCACCAGAUACAAGUACAUAACUCCAGAGGUGCUGAAUGAAAUGAAGAAGAAAAGAAUCCAGGAAGUGGAAUUUGGUUCAACAGCUCAGAAAAUCCAGAUCCUUCUGGGAAAGAUGAGUAAGAUCCUAAAUUUGCUGACCAUCUCCGAUUUGGAGAAAUUCGUGGAGUCUGCCAUGACUUUUCUAGUGGAAGCCUUUCCAAAGAAGACAUUUCAAUUCCAACGUUAA